AUGUCCAAAUUCGUGUUGCCUCAGGCGUUGAAGGAAUUGAGAUUCCACUUAUCCCAAACAGGAGAAGCUUCGGUGCCUUUAAGAAAGUUUUUGUCGGUGAACUAUGAAACUUUGAAGGUUCAAUCCAACUACAAAUUGCCUAUUUUGAUCAGAGAAAGCUACGGGGUCCCACCAAGUUUAACCGCCAGAUUCGAAAAAGGCAAGGAAGUCAAGAGUUCACUCGAAGGUUUAGACGAGAACGGCAUUGCUAAGACAUUACAGGACUUGUUGAAGAACUAACUUGGUUAAAUUACGAGAUAGAUUCAAGUCAUACGACCAUCUAGACUAUUAGUUAUAUUCCAAGACGAUGAGGUAAACCAGUUUCGCCGGUUGAAGGAGUGGUUGGAAGCUGGAAAGCAAAAUGGACAUUCUCAUGCUUGACUGUCUCAAAAGUUCUUACUAUUCUUCGGAAACAUCAUCUUGGCUUGUUCUUUGACAAGCCAGGUACAUCACGAUAACAACGUUCAACUAUUCAUGAUCUUUUCAUAAACACCACUUCUGCAUUUUGUUUCAUAGCCACAAUACAUUAAUUGAAU